AUGGUCAAGAACCUCGUCCGCUUUGCGUUGGCGUGCGAAUACAACCGAAAGCCCAUCCGCCGUGGUGAUAUAGGCGAGAAGGUGCUUGGAAGCGGCAAUGGCGCAAAGACGUUCAAAACCGUGUUCAACACCGCCCAGCACCAGCUGAGGAUGGUCUUUGGGAUGGAGAUGGUGGAGUUGCCCGGGAAGGAGAAGAUAACGCUGCAGCAGAAGCGAGCGGCCCAAAAGUCUCAAUCGCAAGCCUCGAAAGCACCCACCAGCUGGGUGCUGGUCUCCAUCCUGCCAGCCCGCUUCCGCAGAGACCCCGAUAUCCUUCCCCCCGUCGCCGCGCCCACAAGCGCCGAAGAAGGCAAAUACACUUCCGUCUACACCAUGCUUGUCUCCCUCAUUCUGCUCUCGGGCGGUCAGCUACCGGACGCGAAGAUGGACCGUUAUUUGCGGAGGUUAGGACUGGAGGACGCAACGCCCGUGGACGGGUAUGAGAAGACGGAGAAGCUGAUGAAGCGGAUGGAGAAGGAUGGGUACGUGUUGAAGGUCAGAGAGAAUGCUGGCAACGGGGAAGAAGAUGUGUCCUGGAUCGUUGGACCACGAGCAAAGGUCGAGGUGGGUGAGAAAGGUGUGGAGGGUUUGGUGAAAGCUGUCUAUAACCAUGAGGAUGGAAACGAUGAGCAGAAGGAGCUGGAGAGGAGGAUAGCGAGGAGUCGAGGACUGGGAGAAGGGGCGGCGCGAAAAGCCCCGCAGGCGAAUGGCGAGAAGAAGAAACGUGGGAGGCCGAGAAGGGAUGAGCAUGAUGACGAUGAAGAAGACGGAGAGGAGAGCGAGGACGACUGA